AUGGCGGCCCCGGACGCGGCCUCUGGCGUUCGUGCAGCAGCGAGGGAGGCGCUCGAGGUGAAUGUGUAUCAAGAUCCGCGCAUUUCUGCACCUUGGCUCGAUCUACUUGCCCUAGUGCGUCAAGGCGAGAAUGUGGACGAUGUGCGCGAUGUAUACGAUCGCUUUUUCGAGUACUUCCCACAGGCGAGCACACAAUGGAUGGACUACAUUGAUUGGGAGCUGAGCCGCUCGAACUUUGAGCAGGUGAAUGCGAUCUUUACGCGAUGCCUGCGCAAUACCAUGUCCGUGGACCUGUGGAAGAUGUACCUGGCGUACACGCGGCGAGUACGCCGCGUGUUAGAGCAGGCGUACGAGUUUGCACUCAAGUACAUUGGCUGGGACCGCGAGAGCAGCCCGAUUUGGCAAGACUAUCUCCAGCUCCUGCGGGAGCGCGAGGCGCGUGGGACAUGGCAGGAGGGCCAGAAGAUGGACCAGCUCCGCCGGGUAUUCCAGCGCGCUGUCAUGAUCCCGUUGAACCAGGUGGAAGCGAUCUGGCGCGAGUACGACGCGUACGAGACGUCGCUGAACAAGAUCACAGCGAAGAAGUUCCUGGGCGAGCGUUCGCCCGCGUAUAUGCAGGCGCGCACUGUCCUCAAGGAGCUGCGCAACCUCACGGAUAACUUGGUGAGGCCUGACCUGCCUGUGCAGCCGUGCUGGAUCGUGCCGAACGGCAAGACGCCUGCGAAGGAGCGGCAGAGCCUGCAGGGCUGGCGCCGGUAUCUCGAGUGGGAGGAGAAGAAUCCACUCGCGAUCGAGGACCCUUCUUUGCUGCAGCAUCGCGUCCUGUCGGCCUACAAGAAGGCUACGAUGUAUGUGCGCUUCGAUGCAGUUGUCUGGUAUAUGGCCGCGAUGUACUGCCAGUCCGUGCACCGCGACGCGGAGGCCUUGGUGUGGCUGCACGAGGGGACCGAGGCCUGCCCCUGGAGCAUGCUGCUUCGCUUCCAGUACGCAGAGUUGGCGCGUGCGCAGGGCAAGGACCAGGAUGCGUCAGCAGCGCUGGACGACUUGCUGAUGUAUAUGCACCACCAGAUCGACACGCGCCUGGAGGCGCAGCGAGCUGCAUGUGCGGCCGUCGAUGCAGAGACAGAUGCAGAGCGCGAGGCGGCGCUGCAGAGGCGUGCGCAGGAUGACGCGCCUGAUGACGACGAUGCCGACAAGGCGGCGCUGGCCGAUAUCGAGCGUCGGAUACAAGAGACACGCGAGCAGCGGCACGCCAAGGUGCUGGCUGACGCCCGGCCGGGCCUGGACGAGUGGCGCGAGGCGCUCAGCCAGGUAUGGAUUAAGUACAUGCAGCUGGUGCGCCGCGCCGAGGGUAUCCGCCCGGCGCGGCAAGUGUUUGCGCGCGCUCGAAAGUCGCCGCACUGUACAUGGCAGGUCUACGAGGCGAAUGCGAUGCUCGAGUACCACUGCUCCAAGGACACGACGGUGGCCACCAAGGUGUUUGAGCUGGCACUAAAGGUCUUUGGGCCAGACGAGCACCUCGUCGUGCGGUACCUGGACUUCCUGAUCUCCAUCAACGAUGAUACCAAUGCGCGCGCCGUGCUGGAACGCACAGUCAGCAGCAUGCCCGUUGACAAAGCCAAGUCGGUAUGGAUGCGGUGGGCCGAGUACGAGUACAGCUACGGCGACACAAGCGCGAUGGCACGUUUGGACGCGCGCCUCGCUGACGUGUAUCCCGACGUGUCGCGCCUGGACCGCGCCGCGGACCGCUGGCGCUAUGGCACGCUCGACUAUGUGCGCGCGAAGGACCUUGGCUACUCGCGCAUAGCGGCGCCGGCCGCGAAAGAGGCGAAGGAGGCCCCGGCCGAUGAGCCCGCUGCAGAUGCCGCUAAGGCGUCCCAGAACAAGGCGCCUGCGCCGGAGCCCGCGCCCAAGGUCGAGACGGGCGGGCGCCAGUCCAUGGAGGAGAUUCGCCGUGCGCUUGCGACGUCUUCAGAGCCUGUGAAGCGCACGCGCCCCAAGGCGGAGCCGGAGAAGUCAAGCAAGAAGCGCAAAGAUACGGCGGUUAGCGAAGCGGCGCGCCGUCCCGCGCGCGACACGCCGCCGCCGGUGCCGGUGCUGCCGGAUGCCGUGAUGUACUUUAUGAGGUGCGUUCUCUCUACUGACCCAGUCUUCUUCCGCCGGCCAUGA